AUGCUUCCUCAACAACUCCUCCUUGCAGCUCUCGUAGCCGUUUCCGUCUCUGCCGUCCCGCUUAACAUCAACCUUGGUGCUUACUCGCCUGCCCUGGUAGUCGGUGAUGGAGAGAUCUCACUGGGAUCGAAGGAGUCAGCCUCGGAACUGAUGGCCACGCUCGCCUCAGGAGCGGCUUCAAAGGGGGGCGAAGGCCAACAACAAGGUCAGCAAGGAGCGCAGCCGGCAGCUGCACCUGCAGCAGAGCCGGCAAAAGAGGGAAAGCCCGCUGAAGAGAAACCAGCUGCCAAACGAUCAAUGAACCUCCGCCGCGCAGUCAACCAGCUUCUCGGAAAGCGCGCCCCCACACCCGCUGAGGGCCAAAUGGCAGCCGUUGAGGACGCCAUGCAGUGGAUCAAGCGCGAUCUUCAGGGCUUCAACGCAGCUCUCGGCUACGCUAAGGAGGCCAUGAAGAACUCGCCUAAGAUCGAGAUGGGCUCAGAAAAUGCAGGUGUCGGUCUUGUUGUCAGCCCCGGUGUCAAUGUUCCCCAGAACUCCGCUGCCAAUGGCGCAGCUGCAGGUGGCAAGAAGGCUAAGCGCGAUGAAGUUGAAGUUGAAGAUGAGGGGGGCGAUGCGCCAAAGAUGACACUUGUUGCCAUCACUGAAGUUUGA